CGGUUAUAAAUAGAUUAGGGGAAAACCUAAAACCAAUCGUAUGACAAUCGGAAGUGUCGCUUUGACCACGUCGACUUAGGUGAUCUCAUUUCCGGUGUAAACACUUGGACUCUUUUCAACAGAUUAUCUUACGUCAGAUAUAAAUGUAUCAAAUUUGUGUAUUGUAAAUGGGAAGAAGACGAAGCAAACGAUGGAAUUCGUGUAUGAUUUGGUUUGCUACGUCGGUUGGAGCACUGUUUUAUACGAUCAGUUGCAUCAAAGCCGCAGAUGAUAUUGACACUUUGAGAUCUGUAGAUUCUGGAACAUACUAUGAUUUCCCUAGGGAACCCGAAAUUACUGGUCAAAGAUCAUCCUCCUGUGUGGCAAAACCUCCAUCAGUUUUAAAUAAAUUUCUGAUGGUAGUGAGUACUUUAGAUGGCAAAGUUUCAGCAUUAGAUGUACAGGAUAGUGGCAAGAUACUAUGGAGUGUUGAUGCUGAUACUAGACCAUUGUUGUCAUCCAGUAUUGGUAACAUGGAGAUAACAAGAAAUGGGAUGAAAACACGACUGAUACCCUCACUAGAUGGUGGUUUGUACCAGUAUGAUGGAGAGAGUAUCGAGGCUGUUCCCCUGUCUGCAGAAACACUCCUCAGCUCGUCAUUUAAGAUGACAGAAGAUAUAACAAUGAUUGGUGGCAAAGAUUUAUUAUCAUAUGGUUUAGACCCCCUUACUGGUCAGUUGAAGUACACAUGCAGUGCUCAUGGCUGUCACACGUUUGGUGAUUCCAUGGUAACGGAGGAAGAAGAUGUCCUUGUUGUUACUAGAAAUACACAGACUGUAAGAGCCGUUGAUUCUAGAGUAGGAAUGGAAAAAUGGAACUUCAGUGUAGGAUCUCAUGAGCUGGAAUUUUUACCAGGGACCAACAUUAAACCAGUCAAACCUGUUGAUACUGAAACUGAUUUUGAAGAUGAUGUUAAUAUUGUUACCUGUCCUGCUAAUGAGGAAGAAGAAAGUGACAACGAACCCCUUCUGAAGAUAGUAGUUCCUGAAGGUCUUGUUGUUGGACUGAGUUCUGAUAAUAUAGAAGUUAUCAGUUGGAAACAUAAGUUUACUAGCCCUGUAGCGAAUGCUUGGUUACUGAGGAAUGGUAUACUUAAACCCAUCAGUGUAUUUGACAAUCAACAUGUACCUGCAAUGUCAUCUUUUGAACCACCACAGAAUGCACCCUCUCCUGAGCCAUUGCUAUAUGUAGGUAAACAUCAAAACCAAUUAUAUGUACAGCCAUCUGUAGCUAUGAAGGAAAAGUUGGCUAAAGUUGGAGUCAAUGCAGAUUAUACUAGUAGAAAUGUACCCAGGGUCACAUGGAAACCUUAUCUAGCUUCAGCACCAUCUAGAACCCCAAUGAUGAAAAACAAAGAAGUAAAAAUGUUGGAAGAAGGGCGAACUAAAGAGACUGGGAUGGUUUUAUACAACUAUCCAUUUGAUAAUGGAUAUUAUUUAUACCCAGAAUUCUCCUUUUCUGUACCAGAAGAUCGUCCUGACAACAAUGAUACAAAUGAACCAGACAUGUUGGUUAACAUUACACAGUCAUUCUGGUCUUACUGGAAGGAAGUUCUUGCCUUCAGUAUGUUUUUUGCUGUAUUUGUCCAUCUGCUUCUGACCAAAGUGGCUGUCAAACAAGGCCUCAUUGUGAUUAAGAAACCAAAUUGUUUGGAAGAUGUCAAUGGCAACAACAAAGAUAUUGUAGAAAAGAAAACAGAAGAAUUUGUUUCAAGAUAUGCCUCAGAUUUUGACCAUAUGCAAGUCCUGGGUAAAGGAGGAUUUGGUAUUGUUUUUGAGUCCAGAAAUAAAGUGGAUGACUGUGAAUAUGCUGUGAAAAGAAUUACCCUGCAUAGUGAGGGAUCAAAAGAGAAAGUGAUGAGAGAAGUGAAGGCCUUGGCUAAGUUAGAACAUAGUGGUAUUGUUAGGUAUUUCAAUGCUUGGCUAGAGUCUCCUCCUCCUGGUUGGCAGGAAGUCCAAGAUAAGCAGUUUGAAGACAGUGAAUGUUUAACAUCACCAACUCCAUGUAACUCUGUAACACAGAUAGGAACUGGUUCCUUGUCCAUCAAAAUGCCACCAUCCCCAGGCUCCUUUGACAUGCUGAAUCCAUUUGGUGGACAAAAGGAUUUAGAUCUAGCGUUUCAAAAGUCUAAAAAGGCUGGCGGUAGUCAAGAGUUUAGUGUUCACACAGAUAGUGUCUCAUUUUCAAGAGAGGGAAGUGUUCGUCAAGAAAGCAUGUUAGAAGGUUUUGAUGAAACUUUGGAUGAAGAUUCUCUUGAUGUUCAGUUUAAAUUAGAAAGUGAUGACAGUGGCAGCUGUUCUAAUAACAUUCCGUUUUCAAAUGCGAAAAAUAAUAAAACUGAUAACAGUAAUUCUUUCAGUGUUUUAUUUGAAGACUCAGGUUGUGCAGAGAAGAGUAGUAAAAGUGACAGUGGUGAAAUUAUAUUCAGUAAUGAAUUCACUGAAAGUAAUAACAUCUUUUAUGAAAAUAAUGACUUUCAUAUUGACAUAUCAAAAUCUGGUUCAACAAUGCCAAAAGUAUCAAAUUCCAGUAAAAAGCAUUCCACAAGGGACCAAAAUACCACAUCAGGUUACAAGAUGAAAGUACCGACCCCAAAGUUGUAUCUAUUUAUACAAAUGCAGCUCUGUCGUAGAGAGACAUUAAAGGACUGGUUAAUAUCAAACAAUGGUGAAAGAGACAAUGGUGUGGUGUUAGAUAUAUUUGAUCAAAUUAUUGGUGCUGUAGAAUAUGUCCAUAAUCAGGGCCUCAUGCACAGAGAUCUGAAGCCUUCCAAUAUAUUUUUCUCCCUUGAUGGUGUUAUCAAAAUUGGUGACUUUGGUUUGGUGACAGCUUUAGAAGAUCAAGAGUUAGAACUAUAUCUAGGGGAAGACAGUCCAUACAAAAGACAUACAGCUCAAGUAGGAACUCAGAUGUACAUGAGUCCAGAACAGAUAAAUGGAAAGACUUAUGGUCACAAAGUUGAUAUAUUUUCACUGGGGAUGAUUUUGUUUGAGUUAUUUUACUGUUUUUCCACACAAAUGGAGAGAGUAAAAACUUUAUUGGAUGUGAAAAGACAAAGGUUUCCUGCAUCUUUCAAGAUAGAGUAUCCACUUGAGGCAAUGUACAUAUCAUGGCUGUUGUCACCUAACCCAGUUGAAAGACCUUCAGCGACAGAGAUUCUAAACAGUGACCUGCUGAAAGAUUUCUCUUCUCGUCACACCACAUCACGUAAUCGUCUCCGUACAACUUCAUCAAGUAGCUCAGGAUCAAUAAACGAGCCAGUAACACAAUGAUAGAAAGGAGUAGUAGU